GAGAAACAUGUUUGUGUCAUUCACAAAGGUUUCAGCUGGCUUACACCUAACAGGCAUGGUUCAGAAACUUGACCAGAAGCUUCCUGUAGCCAAUGAGUACCUGCUCCUUUCAGGUGGUGUGCGGGAAGGCGUGGUGGACAUUGAUCUUGAUGAGCUGAAUGUUUAUGCGCGAGGCACAGACUAUGACAUGGACUUCACCCUGCUGGUGCCUGCGCUGAAGCUGCAUGACCGCAACCAACCGGUGACGCUGGACAUGCGCCACUCGGCGCUGUGCCACUCCUGGCUGAGCCUGCGGCUGUUUGAUGAAGGAACUAUCAGCAAAUGGAAGGAUUGCUGCACCAUUGUGGACCAUAUCAACGGAGCUACCAAUUACUUCUUCUCUCCAACUAAAGUUGCGGACUGGUUCUAUGACUCCAUUAGCAUUGUCCUCUCUGAGAUCCAGAAGAAGCCUCAGCGAGGGAUGCCAAAGGUGGAGAAGGUAGAAAAGAAUGGGACGAUCAUAUCCAUCAUCUUGGGAGUGGGCAGCAGCCGAAUGCUGUAUGACAUUGUUCCUGUGGUGUCCUUCAAAGGCUGGCCAGCUGUGGCCCAGAGCUGGCUAAUGGAGAACCACUUCUGGGAUGGAAAGAUCACAGAGGAGGAAGUCAUAAGUGGGUUUUACUUGGUGCCUGCGUGUUCCUACAAGGGGAAAAAGGACAAUGAAUGGAGGCUGUCAUUUGCCAGAAGUGAAGUUCAGCUGAAAAAGUGCAUCUCCAGCAGCCUCAUGCAAGCCUAUCAAGCCUGCAAAGCUAUCAUCAUCAAAUUGCUGUCCCGCCCCAAAGCCAUUAGUCCAUAUCACUUGCGGAGCAUGAUGCUAUGGGCUUGUGACAGGCUACCAGCCAACUACUUGGCCCAGGAAGACUAUGCCGCCCACUUCCUCCUGGGUCUUAUCGAUGAUCUCCAGCACUGCUUGGUCAACAAGAUGUGUCCUAACUACUUCAUCCCCCAGUGCAACAUGCUGGAGCACCUCUCUGAAGAAACCGUCAUGCUGCACGCACGGAAGCUGUCCUCAGUCCGCUCAGACCCCGCUGAACACCUCCGAACUGCCAUUGAACACGUCAAAGCAGCCAACCGGCUAACGCUAGAACUCCAACGGCGAGGCAGCACCACCAGCAUCCCCUCACCACAGUCAGAUGGAGGGGACACCAGCCAGCCUGAUGACCGACUAGCCAAAAAGUUGCAACAGCUAGUGACUGAGAACCCAGGGAAAUCCAUCUCCGUCUUCAUUAACCCAGAUGAUGUCACAAGGCCCCACUUCAGAAUCGAUGAUAAAUUUUUCUGAGCUUUCGUCAAUGUUUUUGGGGAUUUUUUCUUCUGUUCUAUUAUUUUGAAAUACUUACAGCGUGCAGGUUUUUUCAGUUGUUUUUUCCUUGAUGACUUAGUCUCUUGUUUUUUACAUAUCCAGCAUAGAUUGGAUCUGUUGAGAACAAUCUGAAUAAAUUAUAAUUCCUGGUUCUGCAGGACGGUGCAGAUUUUGAAAUAGUACAUUACAAUUUCAUAUGCUGCUUUGUUGUUUUUUUUUUUUUUGUUGUUGUUGUUUUUUUGAGGCAUCCAUCUGCAUUUGUGAGUAGUUUCUAAAGGAGAACAUACACUAUAGACAUACAUACCAGUGUUAGACAGAUUUUUUUUUUUCAAGCUUCCAGAAUUUCUAUAUACUGUUGGACCCCUGAAAGGGAGAACUCACUUUCUGCUGUGUAGGAAAUUCACUUUUUGUUUUUUUUUUCUCCAUGAGCUUCCAUCACCCUAAAGAAAUGAGAGAGACUUUGGGUUGGAAAGCACUACUGGUAAUUUGAUGAGGCCAAAUCUAGCGGGCUGAAGCCCAGUUCAUCUGUUCUUCACACUUUUCCUACCUGGGGAGAACGCUGACUUUAGAGAUAUUGAUGGUUUUGGGAGGAAGAGUUGUUUCUGUUUUGAUCUACUUUUUGAAUGUAAUUGUUCAUAAUUGGACCUUGUGUAGUCCAGAGGGUUGUUUCUGCUGCUUUCCCAUGCGGAAUAAGGUUAUGGAAUGUUAGUUUUAGUGUGUGUAAUUAUUCAAAGCCUUAUUUAAAUUCUAUUAAAGAACAUACCAUUA